CAUAUUUGCAUAAAAUUAGCCCAUUAACCCGAACAACCAUUCCAUGCCGGCGCGGUCUUCCUUUUCGAAUUACAAUAUCAUCUCUCUCACACACUUCUCUCUAGCCAGUAGUUCUCCAUUCAAGCUCCACACCCUGUUCCAUGGCGGACCGAAGCCGAAGCUCUGAACUGGAGGAUCCACUAGAGGGCUAUUCUGGUCUCUCGCUAUUUCCUCGGACAUUCAACUUUGUGCCAAACCCUCCUCGACCCUACGAGCCCGAUGAUCUUCAACACACUCACAAUUUCCUCAAAUCUAUGCCCUUAACAAGUCCAAGUAAGCUUCUAGAGCAGGCAAAGGCCAUUGUGGAUAGUAGUUCAGAGCUUGUGAACUCUGAAAUGCCUAACAACAUAGCGUUAGACAAAAAUGAAGAUUUUGCAGGUAAGGUGGUUGAAAAUCCACAAGAAAGAAGACCAGGGUUAGACCGUAAGCGGGCUCGGUUUUCUCUAAAGCCUAAUAUAAGUCAGCCUAUUGUGAGUUUAGAACCAAGUUUGGACAUUGGUAAACUGAAAGAUCCAGAGGAAUUCUUCUUGGCAUAUGAAAAGUUUGAGAAUGCCCAACGGGAAUGGCAGAAACAGACAGGAGGUAUUUUGACAGAAAAAGAUCAGAACAGUCAAAUAACACGACCCCGUCGACCAGGAAUUUUUGGGAAGAGAUCAGUUAAGUACAAGCAUCGUUAUUCAACUGACGCACCAUCUCAAGAUAUUGUUGAAGAGGAGACUCUCAGUCCAUCUGGUAACAGCUUGCAACAAGAAACAACCAAUGCAAAUGUUACAUCACAAGAAAGAGAAUUAGGUGGUUCAGUAGCCAAGACAGAGAAGAGGGUUAACGAACUUUUGGAUGAAUUGCUUGCUGGUAGUUACGAAGAGCUCGAUGGUGAUGGUGCAGUCAAUAUUUUACAGGAGUACCUGCAAAUCAAACCCAUUGAGUUAGAGAAAUUAAGCCUCCCUGACUUACAAGAUGUUCCAAGGAUUGAUUUUAAUGCUUCAGUAGCUAACUUGCCAAAGCCUAGGCAUGUCUUACCAGAUAUACAUAACUUGAUAAAAGAGAUCAGCAGCAGAACACCUGGAAAGAAAAGGCAGGCAGAAAGUUCUGCUUACUCUCGAGCUUCUCCAACUCCACCAAAGAGUGUAUUGGCUUCAAUUCCACUCUUGAAGAAGCGCAUUUUGCAGUCAACUCCCACAAAUGAUCCAUUUUCAGCUUUGGAUGUGGAUCAGUCACCAGCAAAAAAUGCUUCUCCUGUUGCAAAAGUUAGCAGACAAUCUGAUCAGGUUGAUGCAGGAAAGGAUUUAUUCAUUUCUUGCAAAAUGAAGUCUCCAAUGGUUGGAGAAAAUGACACUGCAUGCUUACCAGAUAUACAUAACUUGAUAAAAGAGAUCAGCAGCAGAACACCUGGAAAGAAAAGGCAGGCAGAAAGUUCUGCUUACUCUCUAGCUUCUCCAACUCCACCACAGAGUGUAUUGGCUUCAAUUCCACUCUUGAAGAAGCGCAUUGUGCAGUCAACUCCCACAAAUGAUCCAUUUUCAGCUUUGGAUGUGGAUCAGUCACCAGCAAAAAAUGCUUCUCCUGUUGCAAAAGUUAGCAAACAAUCUGAUCAGGUUGAUGCAGGAAAGGAUUUAUUCAUUUCUUGCAAAAUGAAGUCUCCAGUGGUUGGAGAAAAUGACACUGCAUGCUUACCAGAUAUACAUAACUUGAUAAAAGAGAUCAGCAGCAGAACACCUGGAAAGAAAAGGCAGGCAGAAAGUUCUGCUUACUCUCUAGCUUCUCCAACUCCACCAAAGAGUGUAUUGGCUUCAAUUCCACUCUUGAAGAAGCGCAUUUUGCAGUCAACUCCCACAAAUGAUCCAUUUUCAGCUUUGGAUGUGGAUCAGUCACCAGCAAAAAAUGCUUCUCCUGUUGCAAAAGUUAGCAAACAAUCUGAUCAGGUUGAUGCAGGAAAGGAUUUAUUCAUUUCUUGCAAAAUGAAGUCUCCAGUGGUUGAAGAAAAUGACACUGCUAUUGCUGAUGCUAUUUCCUCUGAUGUGGUGACUAGAGAUAUGUCUGGCCCAUCCGACAAAUCCACAGGGGUUCAUGUUGGUUCAAGUGGAUAUCAUUCUGGUGAGGGCAAUGAUGGAAGCAGUUGUAUGGAUGACACAAUCAUCAAUGGUAACUUGAGUAGACCUGAUGAUAUAGAUGUCUGCACAGUUGAACCAAAUGAAUUAGGUGACAUGGGGGAUGAUAUGCUAGAGGAAGCAGUGGGCCCUGCAGAGCCUGAUCUUGGUAUAGAAGAUUCAAUUGUAGGGGAGUCAAAUCAUAUUCCGAGUCAGAUGGAUCAAUCAGAACCUUCUGCAGUUGAAGAGUCUGCAAGGGAUGAAGCCUCUAACACUACAUACGAAGGUCUAGAACAGCAGAAUGAGAAAGUUGAGAACGAGCAAAACAAAUGGGUUUCAAGACCCAGCAAGACUCGUGAGAGUAAAGCUUUAUCCCGGAGGCAAAGUCUUGCAGGUGCUGGUACCUCUUGGGAAUCCGGUGUGAGGCGAAGCACCAGAAUUAGGUCAAGACCUUUAGAGUACUGGAAAGGUGAAAGAUUCUUAUAUGGGCGCAUACAUGAAAGUUUAGCGACAGUUAUCGGGAUAAAAUAUGAAUCUCCGACAACAUCAAAGGCUGCUGGGAAACCCAACUUGAAGGUUAAAUCUUUCGUCUCUGAUAAAUACAAAGAUUUGGUUGAAUUAACUGCUUUGCAUUGACCUUCAAUGUGCAACAGUGUUGGCUAGCUGAUGGGAACUCUUUCGUAUGGAAUCUCCUUUCCUCUAAACUAAUUGUUAUAUUGUUUCUAAGCUUCAUUGCUGCCUGACAAUACUUCAUGUCUAAAGUUUAGGAUGUUUAGUUGGAGCUUCUCAUGUGUGUAAAUGUUGAAUUUCAGCUUGGUCAUUUACCCAUUUGGUCAUAAUACUCGGUCUUUUUAAAUGUCUAAGAAUAAAUCUUUGAAUGGAAGAUCACUGA